CGUUGCCGCAACCGUCGCGCAGAAGCAACCAGCCCAUUUCGAUGCGCGCGAGGUAAACGGGAAUCGGGAAGCGACGAGGGGACAUUCCAAUCAGCUUCCUGCGAUUCCACGAGCGAUGCAGCCGGCCGCGAGAAGGUGGUCGCCGGCGGCGGCAACGGAGGCCAGCCCUUACGCGAUGCCCUCGCCGGUGCAGCCGGCGGCGUCCAAGGGCACCAAGGAGACGGUGAAGAAUGCGCUGUCGCGGUGGGGGCGGAAGGUCGGGGAGGCGACCAGGAAGGCUGAGGACCUGUCGCGCAACACAUGGCAGCACCUGCGGACGGCGCCUAGCAUCGCGGAGGCGGCGGUGGGGAGGAUCGCCCAGGGGACCAAGGUCCUGGCGGAAGGCGGGCACGACAGGAUAUUCCGGCGGGCCUUCAGCGCCCCGCCGGACGAGCAGCUCCGCAAGUCUUACGCGUGCUACCUCUCCACGGCCGCCGGCCCGGUGAUGGGCGUCCUCUACCUCUCCACGGCCAGGGUCGCUUUCUGCAGCGACGGCCCCCUGUCCUACGAGGCCGGCGGCGGUGACCGGACGGAGUGGAGCUACUACAAGGUGGCGAUCCCUCUGCACCGGCUGAGGGCGGCCAGCGCGUCGGCGAGCCAGCUCAACCCCGCGGAGAAGUUCAUCCAGCUGGUGUCGGUGGACAGGCACGAGUUCUGGUUCAUGGGGUUCGUCAACUACGACGGCGCGGUGGCGCACCUGCAGGAGGCGCUGAGCGGCUUCCGCAACCUGCAGGCGUGAGGGGAUGGACGGUGGUGCUGUGAGCUCGCCAGGCGUCAUGAGCGGCUCUGUCUGUACUCUGUUCUCGCUCCGUGCGUGUGUGUGCCGCCGGCCAGUAGCAGCAUUGUUUGCAGCGUGUUGUUUAGCUGCGCUUACUACGGUGUACCCGUCUCCGGAUUUGAUGGUAUGUUUUGACUUUGUUAGUCA